UCCUCGCCGUCGGUUGCCGACGAUGACGGUAAUUCAAUCAAAGUCCAUCGAGUCCGUCAAGACUUUUAAAUCUUCGACGAAGGCGUGAUCGAGGUCUAUACGACGACGAGCUGUGAAUCGCCUUGGCAACCGGCCAUCAAAACACUGCGUACGUUAAUAACGUCGACGGGGUGUGAUCGGGCGAACCGCCCGGCCAGUCACUCGGCGUCCUGUGGAUUCUACUCUGUGACGACGUACGCGACGACGUUGGAUUAUCGGCGGAGAACGAUUGGAGAACGUCGGUUCCGCGACUGAGAUGAUCACCGGCGUGGAAUCCGCUCGGUAUCACCCGGGAUGUAGAAGCUGACGUCGACGAGAGUGCGAUUCCAUCGGGAACGAGCACCUUCGGAUCGCCGAAGCAUGAACGUAGGGUAUCCCCGGAUCGUUUGCCUCGCGCUCACCGUCCUCGCCUUCUUCCAAAGAGGGUGGGCCAUCGACUGUUUCAAGUGUGUCUCGAUCGAUGGCGAUAACAAACCCUGCGAUGACCCAUUUCACAACAAUGGGAGCCGCGCUUUCUUAGAGUCGCCCUGCCUGGGGGGUCGAAAAGGCCGGGAUGGUCUCUUCCCGGCAACCGCUUGUCUCAAAAUCGCCGGCGUAUACGAUGAGUCCGGUGUGUCUCUGAUGGUGAGGAGCUGCGCAUUGGAUAGCGGAACUCUGACAACGGAUUCCGAGAUUAUUAGAAUGUCACACUGCGGUGGUUUCUACUUCGACGACAAGUAUGUGCGCGGAUGUGUGCAAUCCUGCAGCGAUGCGGACGCGUGUAACGCGUCGUCGAGAAAUCUCGCACCGCUGAUCGUCCUCCUAUUGCCGAUCCUCGUGGGACUCGCGUGAUCCAGAAGGAGACGAACGGCGAAUCUGAGGGAAUCACAACACAUGAAUGAAUGUUGUAGUGGAUACUAACGGUGAUGAGCUUCUCGUUAAAUCUUACGAUGCGUCAAGCAAACCACAUAAUGAAUAUACUGCCAGAUUAUGAUUAAUAAGCUAUAGUCUCAUUAUCGUCAAGCAACAAUCCACGCGCCAUGUACUCUGGCUAUCACCGGCUAUAUGUACGAUACAUUGAUUAUAAUUACAGCUUCAUAUCAAUAAAGCAUAUCUUGAAAUUGUUAAA